GGCCCGCAGCCCCGGGCGGGGGCUCGGCGCGGGCCCGCGAGAUGCCGGUGUCGGCGGCCCGAGAGGCUGCAGCUGCAGCGGCGGGGGAGGAGGCGGCAGAGGCGGCGGCGGCGGCGGGGCCCGGGAGGGGGGCGGCGUGGGGGGCCGGCGCGUAGCCGGGACUAUGGAGGGGCAGAGCGGCCGCUGCAAGAUCGUAGUGGUCGGGGACGCGGAGUGCGGCAAGACAGCGCUGCUGCAGGUGUUCGCCAAGGACGCCUACCCCGGGAGUUAUGUCCCCACCGUGUUUGAGAACUACACUGCAAGCUUCGAGAUCGACAAGCGCCGCAUUGAGCUCAACAUGUGGGAUACUUCAGGUUCUUCUUACUAUGACAAUGUCCGGCCCCUGGCCUACCCAGACUCUGAUGCUGUGCUUAUCUGCUUUGACAUUAGCCGGCCAGAAACCCUGGACAGUGUCCUCAAGAAGUGGCAAGGAGAGACUCAGGAAUUUUGCCCCAAUGCCAAGGUGGUGCUGGUUGGCUGUAAACUGGACAUGAGGACUGACCUGGCCACACUGAGGGAGCUAUCCAAGCAGAGACUUAUCCCUGUUACACAUGAGCAGGGCACUGUGCUGGCCAAGCAGGUGGGGGCUGUGUCCUACGUCGAGUGCUCCUCCCGAUCUUCUGAGCGCAGCGUCAGGGAUGUCUUCCAUGUGGCCACAGUGGCUUCUCUUGGCCGUGGCCACAGGCAGCUGCGCCGCACUGACUCUCGCCGGGGACUGCAGAGAUCCACUCAGCUGUCGGGAAGGCCAGACCGGGGCAGUGAGGGCGAGAUGCAUAAGGAUCGAGCCAAGAGCUGCAACCUUAUGUGAGGGGCUGCAGUGGGCCCGAGAAAGAAGAGGGUGAGAGGCGCAAUUGUUCCCCUGCCUGCUCCUGGACUUUUUGACCUCCUGACCCUGGCUGGAAGGGCAGGGCAGGCAGAGGAGCAAUUCUGGUUGGAGGAGCUAGAGGACAGAAGGGUGUCCAUUCUCCACACCCUCAUCCCCCUUUCUGCCAGUAGCUGAGAGGGCUAACAGGGUAGGCGGCGGCUGGGGCAUGAACUUGAUGGGUUAGGGGGUGUUCGGGAAGCCAGCGUCGAGCAAUGGCGUUGGGUGAGUCUUCUAUAUAAAGUGUAUCUUCCCUCCUUACCCCAGAUCCCAUAUCCUGUCUGCCUUCCCUAAAGUGUCCACUGGACGUCCUUCUCUUCUUCCCGCCUCUCACUUCUACAUCUGUUCUCACACAUUCUAACCUUCAGGCAACACGCACUAAAUUUUAAAGCAAGAAGUCCUUUCCUACCAUCAACCCAGCAACCAGCGCUCGCUUCCCCCUUCCCCAGCAGUCUGCAAAUAAAGCCCAUGACCAUGGAAAACAGC